AAAAAAAAAUUGGAGUACAAAGUUAUUGUAAUUGCUUCUGUUCCUAUUAUAUUUCUAUAAAACAAAUGAGCUUCCUGGUUAAGAUUGAAAGGUCUGAGAAUGCAAGCUGAUGUAAAAAUAACCUCUAAAGUGCUGUUGUUUAAGCAGCCUAAUUCAAUCGAUAGAUAGUUAACUAGAUUUCGUGGGAAAAUCAAAUGGAACAUAAGAAAAGUCAUCAAUAAUAACAUGCAAGUUAACAAAGAAUAAAAAACCCAUUCUCGACUCCAGAGCUCUUUGAGAUGAACCUCGGGUUUUAUUCUCAAAGAGCUCUGGAGAUGAGAAUGUAAAAUCCAGACGUUCAUAAUCACCCAAGCAAAAUGUUAAGAUAAGCAUAUUCAUAGGAUGCUUUAAACUUUUUGUUUAACUUUAUCUUUAAUAUUCUUAUACAGAGCUUUCUUAAAGAAAAAGGGAUGAAUAUUAAAACACAUAGGUACAUCAUGUUAAACUUCCUAAAUUACCACAACUAUAUAAAUCUAAACCCAAUGCUACAGAAAUUAGGAAGUUUAAAAAUUGCCGAUCUUAUCAUGUUGAUGUGGGUAAUCUUUCAGUGGGUUGAAUUUAUCUUACUUGACAAAACAAGUGAUUUAAGUGGUUAAGGAACUUGGCUGGGGAAUGUGUUGAUAACAGAAAAAUCCCUUUUUUAAAGAAAAUACCUUGGCAAAACAUAGUUACCAACAAUGGCUACAAAUAACAAACUUUUAAAAGAUAAUUCAACUUCCUUAGCUUUCCCCUACAAUCCCUUUUGUUUUUGUUUUUAUAUGUCCGCGCGAUAAAGUGCUAUAGAAGUUCUACGCUUCCGCGUAAUAACGCAUAUAAAUAGAGGCCUAAACUUUCUCAAAUCACUACAUUGCAACUAAAGUGCCGUAUGACCUCAGCUGGAAGCAAGAAUCCGUCAAAAUAUGUCGCCAUCGAAACUUAUUCUACUUUUAAUCGUCGUUACAUUGAUAGCAAACGUUGAAUGCUGGCGUCGGCGACGUCGGCGCCGUCACAGAUGUCAUCCAGUGAAUUGUGUGACGUCCUGGGGACCAUGGUCGGCAUGUAAUUGUUUGGGCAAAAGAACUAGGACACUAAGGAUUGUGUCUCAACCAUCCUGCGGAGGGGCAGCUUGUCCACGGCCGUUUACACAUACAGGAACGUGUGGAACAGGGAGCUGCGUGUUUGGUAGUGGAUAUUGUGAUGUUAGAACUGCCACGUGUAAAUGCUUAGCUGGACGAACUGGAACACGAUGCGAGAAACCAUGCCCCGCCGGAAAGUUUGGUCUUAAUUGUCGAUCAACAUGCAACUGCGUUGCUGGAAUAGGAUGUGACCCUGUAUCUGGUUACUGCAAGUGCCCAAUUGGACGAUCUGGUCGAAGGUGCCAACACAAGUACAGGUGCCCACGUAACAAUCGCUGCUACAGAUUGAAGCCAACUUUGGUCAACUACAAUCUGUGUUAUCUUCAAGUGAAAGUAUCAAAUACAGUCAGAGGUGCUCGAGUAACCUGCCCAAAAAGAACACAUUAUGCCAACCGGUGUCUUUGCUAUCGAAAUUGUCUUCCGUCAACUUUGAUCAAAUCGCGAACCUGUCAAUGCAGUUGUCGUGCUCCAAGAAGCGCACAUUCUUCUUAUCGUAGAAAGUUUGUUACACAAGCUAUCUGCUGUCCUCGACAUCCUUUUUUUUAAAAUCUAACAAGAGAAAUGAAAGUGGCUAAUUAGUGGCUUUUCGGAUAACUUGAUGGCACAAGUGGUCCUGGGAACGAGGUUGCUUCAUAAUGUCUACUAAAAUGAUAUAUUCUCCGACUAUUUUCUUCAUCUUCUCACUGUUUUCCACAUCAUUCUCGUUCCCAGAGCUCUUUCAGAGCUUUAUCUUAAAGAGCUCUGGGACGACAAUGUUUUUACGUAACUUGAGGAUGCACAAUGGUUUAAAAUGUUAGGAUGAUUUUAAAUAAAUAAAUAAAUAAAGCACGUACUUAAUGGAUAUUCCAUGUAAAAAGAGCA